AUGGCAGCCCUUCAUCGCUCCACGUCUCGGUCGCCGUCUGAGAACCCCCAGCCGGCGGAUUCGGGUUCCGGCCGCUCGUCAAUGACCGAAAGAAAGGGCUCUUCAUCCUCCACACAUUCAACAUCAUCUACCGCACCGGGUAACUCUCCUAGAGUGCAGUUGGUGCCGCAUGCCCGCACUGCCAGCUUUGACAUCUCGUUAUCAGAAGCGGAGCGGGUCCUGGUAGACCAGGCGGCCACGCAGUUCGAUGCUCUUGAUCUGUCGUCCAAGGACUUUGAUUUUGACGAGAUCUUCACCUACGACAAGCCUCAAAGAAAGCUGAUCAAAGGAGUGGUCGAGGUGUCAAGCCCGACGCGGACUCAACGGGACUGGUCCUCCUUUUCCUUUUCACACUACUCGGCCGCCAUGAACGUCCGGAACAAGGUCAAUCACAAGGUGAAGCCCAGCGUCGGCGAAACGUAUGUGAAGAAGAAAACCCAAGGGAGAGCGUAUUGA